GCGCAAAUGCUAUUAAAUUUAGACAACCAUUGGUGAUUUUUGUUUGUGUAUCAAUUAGGGUUAGAAUUAGAGUUUUUAUAGAAUUAUGGUUUAUUGUAAAUUAUGAUAAUGGAAAGAAAAAUCAAACUCAAAACACUGAAUAGUCAUAUAACAUGUAAAAUAUGUAGGGGUUAUCUUAUAGACGCAACAACUGUUACAGAAUGUUUGCAUACUUUUUGCAAGACAUGUUUAGUGAAACAUUUAGAAGAAAACAACACAUGUCCAACAUGUACUAUAGUAAUUCAUCAGUCCCAUCCACUUCAAUACAUAAGUUUCGAUAGGACUAUGCAAGAUAUUGUUUAUAAACUAGUACCAGAUUUACAAAAAGAUGAAAUAAAUCGUGAAAAAGAGUUUUAUCGUCAAAGAGGCCUGCCAUAUCCUAAAGAUAUACCUUUAACAAAUGGUGAAAUACAUGGUGAAGAUAACCAUGUUGAUAAUAGUCAUGCUGAAAGUGAUUAUCAUAGACAAGAUGAACAAGUAAAUGUAUGUUUAGAAUGUAUCAGUUCAAAUUUGAAAACAUUGAAAAGAAGAUUUAUCAGAUGUUCAGCUCAAGCAACUAUUUUACAUUUGAAAAAAUUUGUAGCGAAAAAGGUUUUAAAUGGGAUGGAGAAGUAUAGAGAUAUUGAUAUUUUGUGUAACGACGAAUUAUUGGGCAAAGAUCACACAUUAAAAUUUGUAUAUGUAACAAGAUGGCGUUUUCAAAAUCCACCCUUAACAUUGCAGUAUAGACCAAGAAUUGAUAUAUAGUUUUUUGUUACUUAAUAUGGGUAAUUACCAAGGAAAAUCAUGUCAAGUUUGUAACUGCCCAUUGUUAUUUAUUUUAGUUAUUUAAAAUAAGUUUUUUAUUGUCAGUGUAUUGUGUUUAAAAUACAAAUAUUCAAAGAAUUGGAGACUUGAAAUAUAUAACUGUUGCGAACAUUUUUAUUAUUUUUGCUAUUCAUAUAUGUAUUGUCACUUGCUUUUUUUUUAAAGCAAAUUAUGCUGCAUCAUUCCAAUUUGGAAGAAAAAUAGCUCAUUACAUUGUCUUGCCUUGUGAUCAUAAUUUUAUUUAAGAUUAAUGUAUUUUCCAGAUGCUUUGUGAAAUUUAAUUAGAGUUAUUUUGUUUAUGAUUUUCAAUAUAUUGAUCUGAGUUUUAAUACUUGUGAUAGUGAAGAUAAUUAAUACAAAUGUUCGAUUUUUGGACAACAACUGUUAAGGAAAGUUCACAAAAUUUGAAAAUUAACAAUUUAUUAUACUGGGAUUAUUCUCCAACAUUGUUAUGUAUUAUAAAAGAUUUUUGUGCAUUGGUGUAUCUAGUUACCAAUAAGUUUUUUAUUAAAGGCAUUUUUAAAUAAAAGGUUCAAGCAAUUGCAAUGAAUCUAUUUCAAAAUAUUGUAUAACAAAUUAUAAUUAUUGCAUUGAAAAACAUAAAUAUGAGCAUUUGUUAUAUUUGCCAUGGAAAAUUAUUUAAUAAUAAUUUAUUAUUGAAACAAAAAUUUACAAAAAAGAAAAUAUCCAUAAUUUGUUAGCAUAUAGUACCUGGGGCACAGGUAGUGCCAUAUGGGACUUAAAAGCGAAAUUAAAUAAGAAGUUGCAUUUUUAAACAAUAGUGUACAGUGUCCUCUUAUGACUAGCUUUUAAAAAGUUUUGCUGAAUCAGCUUCUGGAGUUCCACUUUAAACCUAUUCACACUAAGAGUUCUAGUCUCUCUUGGCAGCUGAUUAUAGUAUCUUAGACCUUGAAAUGCAAUCGACCUUUGGCCCAUUGUAGUUCUUGCUAUUGGGGUUCGUAGAUGGUCUGCGGAUCUGACACUGUGAUGAUGAAUAUUCUUAACCACAUUAAAGGAGAUUGUGAGUGUACCUCUCUCCUUUGACAUUUGUGUAUGAAGUAGUUCCAGAUCACUCUCGAUACACCUUUUUGUUUCUUCAGCUGUUUGUGAGAAGUAUGUUAGUAACAUAUCAUCUGCAUACAAGUUUAUUCUUCCAUGUAGCGGUAGAAGUGCCAAGAAAUUUACAUAAACCAGGAACAGAGUUGGUCCUACUAUCGAACCCUGAGGUAUUCCACAAAUGCACAUCUUUGUUGGGCUAUUUUGAUUAUUGUAGCUUACGUACUGGUACCUGUGUUCAAAAUAACUCCGAAACCAAUUCACACGUGUCCAGAAUAAAGAAUUAUGCAGCUCUUGGAUAGCUGGUGAGGUAAAACUAGGAGGUUUUAUGUUGGAGGCCAGUUAGGGUCAACACUAACAAAGAAGUUAGCACAAGUAGCAAUAUUAACAUCACCCAUGAUCAUAGUGUCAUUUUCCAGUAUGUGUGGUAUGCAAAGAUGUUUGGAAUUAGAACGGUUAAUAAUUUUAUUCAAAAACUUCCAUGUCUUCUUGCUAUUUCCUUUCACUGACUAUAUUUUGAUUGUAGUAAUCAGUCUUUGCUUUUCUUAUGACUGCUUUAAGAUUUCUCUGUACUUCUUCAUACUGUAAGUUUAAAUGUUCUGCAUUGGGAGAUAAUUUAUGCCUUUUGUAAUGAUCAUCCCUUUGCUCAAUCAAUUUCAGUUGAUGAGAAUUAAACCAUGGUGCAGAGUUUUUCCAGAAGCGGCCCUUGAUUGGUUUUGUUACUGUAUUAUCUUAUUAAGGUAUUACAUAAAGCAUCCACAUUUGUUCAUGGAGCUGCUGGACUCUUCAUCUUAGCCAAAUCUAGCUUUAGGCCCUCUUUAUUUAGUGUAAUUUAGUAAUGUAGACGCAGAAUAAAAAUGCUUUUUAGCCAAAACUCCAAAUGUUUCACUAUUUGACCAAUUUUUGAUAAAAAUUCUCAACAUGUUCUUUCAAUUUCAGCUGCUUUAUUAGAGAUUAUAAUAUUGUACCAAAUUUAUAGUAGAGUAGUGCAGUAAAUCAAUAUAACAUGCUGCAUACGAUAUUAAAUCCAUCGAGUUUUUGAACAAAACAUUUCAAUCUUUCUAACAUCAAUAUAUUUAUGAUAUUCUCAUAUUAAAUAUAAAACAGUUAUAUCUGAUUCAUUAUAUAAGGUGUCAUAUAUAACCAUUAACAUUGAAAAUGCCUUUAAGUAUUUGCGGCAUGUGCAAUAAGUAGUUUUUGUAUAAAAACCAGUAAUUUUAGUACUAACAGUUAUUUUAAACACAAUAUAAUUAAGGUAAACUAUACUUACAUAUAGUACAAAUUUUGAUAGUACUGUUGUCAAAUACUGGAACUUCUUUCAUUUUUAUAUUCAUUUGUUCACCCUCUAAAUAUAAAUACAAAGAUGUAAGUUUUGUAAAAAAAGGUAUUCUAUAAUUUUUGUCAUCAUGGCUACGAUGUUCAUUUGUGUAUGUAUAAUGCCUUUUGUGAAUUUUUUUAAGUAUGAAAGAUCGAUGUGUAAGAAUUAACAUUCAUAUUAUAUAACAACGACUCGUAGAAUAAUAAUCACAGAAAGCAUAAAAAAUGUUCAUUUGUAUCAGAAAUAGCUGUAAACAAGCUUUUAAACUUUACUAAUAGUAAUUUGCAAUUACCAGAAGAAACAUUCAUUAAUAUUUUUUUAUUAUAAUACUAUUUUAGUAUUAUUUUUUGUUAAUGUUGUGAGGGUCCAAAAUGCGGUUGUAUUUGUCUUUAAAUCAUGAAAUAUCCUAUGCCAAUCUACUACAAUACCUACAAAUAUAAAUACUCUCAACAAGUGGUGAUAAAUGUAUUUUGAUCCUCACACCUAGUUAAGAUUUAUUGAAAGUUUUAAAUUGUAGAUGAAAUCAUCAUAAUAUUAAUCGAUAUUCUCAGUUAACUAAAUUUGAAUUUCUGGAACUGAUUCAUACAUACACAAUUACACUGACGCACGUCUUUAAUAAUCAAGUUAUCGCCUUCAUUGAUAAAAGGUAAAAUGGUAGUGUGUUCAGUAUCAUAUUCUUUGUAGUUUAUGGCCAUUUUCUUUCUUACAUCCACAUACAAUUCUAUCUAAUUUUAAUAAUUUUGUAAUGAAUAUUAUUCAUAAUUGACAUGUAUCUAAGACCUUUCUUAUUUGCUAACUACAUUUUUCUUAUGUUAACAAAUAUAUUAGAUUCAGUAAUUUAAUUCUAUUUUAAACUUAUUUUAUUCUUUUCCUUCUGAGUAAUUUUGGUUUUCAAACGGUUUGUAUAGCUUCAUUGAUUCAUUGCUAAGUGAUCAUGAUCAUUGUUGAAACAAAUAUUUUGCAGUAUCAGUGUUUGACAUCAAAUCGGAGAUAUAUUCAAUGUCUCUGUUUGAUUUAUUUUCAAAACUCUGUCAGUUCAUUUCAAUUGUGUUUUGUGGAUUUUGACAAUGCAAAGAAAUAUAUCAAAAUAAAUAAUCUGAAUCUAUAGUGCGUUCGACAUAAUAUAGAUUUGCCUCGCUAUGAAUUUAACCUGUUGAGUAAACAUGAGGUGAUUGAAAAUCAUUUGUUAAAGCUGAAAGAAAUAGCCGCUAAAAUUUAUAGGUGUUAAGAAUUAAUGCAUUAAUUUUAAAUAAUUGUUUUACUGAAAAAACUGCUUUAUAUUUAGGAGUAAAACACUGUCUUAUUUCUGUUCAUACUGUUAAUAUUUCAUAUUGUUGUUCAUGUUACAAUCUUUAACAUUAGAAAUUCAUCUACAUUAGGUGCCUUGAAAACAUAUUUACAUUAGAAAAGUUUCGCAAUAAAAAAUACAGAGUGGAUUUUAGAAAUCUGUCCUCCACGAUAUUUGGGAGUAUUCAUUAGAUUAAAAGAAAAUGCUGAAACAUCGAUUAUUCUUCUAAGGGGGAAGAUUUUCAAAUUUUGCAUUCGUUAACCUUCUCCCUUUCACUUCCACAACCCCUCAUUUCUUAAUAAUAUACCAUUUGUGGCACAUCAUUAGAAAGGCAUUUAAAUGGAGUAUUCAGACAUAAUAAUCGUCCACGAUUUUUUUUCGAUAUUUUCAUCAUCUGUAAAAAAGUCUUGAUCAAAUCAAAAUGCAACACAUUUCUAAAAUAAAACGCAACAUCUAUGGUUUAUUAAUGUUAUUUUUUGCCACAUAAAAGGUAACUUGAAACAAAUAUUUCAAACAAUUACUAAUUGGAAAACACUUCAAUAUUUAGAAACAGAAAGCUUCAUGGAGACGAGCAACUUCAUCACUCAUGUAUAAACAGAGCUAGCGAGAAAAUUUCGUCAGAUAGGGUUAAUAGCUGAUCAAAAUAAAACUAUGGGAAUAGUUUUACAAUUGAAGUGGCAAAAACGGUCGUUUUGAACAAAGAAUCUGGUUUUUCGCGCACUAUCGUUUGAAGAUGUUUCCAACAUAAUUUUGUCCUUAAAAGAUACAGGGUACAGGAAAUAAAUUUCAAUGACCUAGACAGACGACAGUUUUGAGAUAUUGAGAUUGUUUGUUUUUUAUAUAAAUGCUUUUUUUUUUAAUUGGCACCAUACAUGGAUACAUUUGGCUUUAUUGAACUGACGAAAAUUCUAGAGUGUUCUACUAAACACAUAUUGUACAUCCUCUUAAAUUAAUCUUGUGGACAGGCAUUUAUGGAGAUAGUAGUGUUGGCCAUUUUUUGUCAAAUUUAUAUAGUCAAAUUAUUAAGAGACACUAAUGACUCUGCUCUCACAGAUAUAUUCCAAAAUGACAAUAGGAACCUGGAAGAUGAUCUCUUGUUCCAACAAGACAACAUGCCUCCACAUUAUAGCACAGUGUGAGACAAAAUCAUAAUGAACAAAUUUCGUAGGCAAUAGUCUACAAGGAAAGGUUUUAUUGAAUAGUCUGACAUAACUUCUCAUUCAUUUAAUUUUGGUUACUUUAUAUGUAAUCACUUAGUGUUUUUGCAAAAUUUGUUUUAAUAUAAUUUUGAUGUGACAGAAAAAGUAGCAUAUUAUCACUUAUAUCCUUUUUUUUGUAACGACGGUGAAUAUAUCGAAAAAAAUCGUGGAAGAUCAUGUUUCUACUAUAUCUAAAUGAGGAGGUUGACAUAUGACCAAAUGUUUUUACAAUAAAGUGUGUUCUAAUUCUUCUUGUAUUGAUCAACUCUCACGACAAUAUCAUAUUGGCAAUCAAAAAUUAUCCAGGCUGCAAGCCUCAAAUGAAAUUCAUUGUUAUUAAUAUUUAAUUUUACUUUAUAUUAUCAUUAUUUAUACAGAUGCUAGAUAAACGAGUUAGAGUGGUAGAUUCACGAGAUAUUUUUGUAAGAAAGAAACCAUUAUUAGUAAAGUUAAUACUUUUUGUGAAUUCAAUUCUUUGUUCGAAAUAUUUAAAGUUCAUUGAUGAAGGUAAAGGCUGAUGUUGAAUUAAAAAUAAAAGGAAAAACAUAUAACCUAACAAAAAUGACAUUUAGGAUAACUUUCUCAACUUGUUCUCCCUAUAAUUGAAAAAUCGGUAAGUUUUUUCAGUAAAACAUGUACUUUUUAAAACUUAUUCGAUUUUAGUUGAAUUAUUUCGACUGGUGGCAGAUCCAAAUAUUAUGAAAUUUAUUUUGUAGUUGCCUAUAGCCGCAAUAUCCAGGAAUAUACUGUAUCUUAAUAUAACAAUUUUACAGAAAUUAGAAUACGCCAUUCUUUAUUGUAUAUUAUUUUUUACUUGUAUCUGCUAUUGUUCAUUAUCUUGAUAUUCUUUGGUUAGGUUUUUUUGUUAAUGCUGUCUAAUGAGAACUUCGAGUUUUCGAAAGUUUCAUAUAUUGUAAACAAUCUUAGAAGGACGACAUUUAAAUCGCAAUUAAAUGAUGUAUACUAUAGAUCUGUUUGAAGCCGAGAACUGAGAAACUGGCGAUAGCGUUACUUCAUGUUUAUAUCGCUGAUAUCAUGGAGCAGGUGAUAUAGUGGAAAAACAUAAGACAUCACUACACAGAGACAAUAUCGUUUUUGCAGUAGACCGCUGGAAAACAUCAAAAUGCUGCUGCUCUUGAGCUUCAAAUUAGACUCGGUGUCAACUAAUACAAUAUGUUGUAGAAUGCCAGACACCCUAAUAGUGCCUCUGUCAAGGCGAUGAAAUCAAGUAGCUCGCUUAAUAUGAGUUUAAGAACAUAUUUACGGAUAAACGCCAAUUGAGCUAACAGGCGAUUCAUAAUUUAUUCAGACUCGAGACGAGUAGUUGUUGAAAGAAAACUAGGCUGUAUAAAUCGUUUAGUAUUAGUAUAAGUAGUCCAUUCUCACCAAGCAAUCAUAGUUUGUGGUCUUUCUGUACAGUUGGGUAUGGUAAGUAUGUCAUCCUGUAAUACCAUCAUACAACCAAUUGUCAUUUCAUAUGUAACACCUGUUUUUUGUUCAUUCACUAUAAUGCUCACCUACAUACUUCCAAUCUCGCAAUGAAUUUCAUUGAGAUAUGCUUCAGCUAGAAGUACUACAUUUGAAAAGACUUAAGAAUAAUCCACAGACUCUAUUUUCAGUCCCCACAGACGCCUAGAAUGCUAUUCCUCGAGCAGAUAUACAGCUCAAUGUUUAAUAUACAACGCAGAUUUUGCGUUUUCUUAAAUGCUCGAGGACAUUCGAAUUACUAAAAUCAAAUGUUUUUUGUAAAUUGGACAUAAUAAUUUUAUUAUUACCUAAUUACAGUAUAUUAUUAUUUUUCUUUGAUAUAAAUAAAAUUAGUAUAUUGUAAUUUUGAUACAGUCUAACCAAUAAAUUAUUUAUUAUUAAUAAUUAUAUAUCAAAUAUUAAUUUAGAGAAAAAUAUAAUUUAAGGUAAUAUUCCUAGAUUUUGCGGUUGUGUGUAUAUAACAUAAAAAUAGAAUUGGUAUUGUUAUUCUUAAUAAGCCCAACAGCUAUUUUUAUCUUUGUAAAAUACUAAAUUAUAGCUGAUUAAGAGCAAUUGCAUCCUGUAUAAAAUGUAUAUAGACAAAAAAAUCAAUCCAACUAUUUUUGUAUAUAUUAAAAAGUUAUGGAUUUCAAUGAAUUUUAACAGUACUUGGUGUAUUUUGAGAAAGUAGUUCCAAUCACCAAUUUACUAAAAGUGUAUAUAUUUAUAACUAAAUUAUUGUUUACCUACUCUAGUGUGUUUCAUAGUGUGAUAAUUAAUAGAAUUAUUUUUGUCAAACGAUAAUGCAAGUCAAAAUGCAUACUAAAACUAUAGAGAUUACUAGACCAAGCAGUACAGUUUAUGCGCAAAUAAUUUCAAAUAUAAAGAUUCUCCUCCAAUUUCUGUUAUAAAGUAAAUGAAUUCACCACAACACUUAUAUUUACCAUAAGCAAAUAUUUUAAGCAUACUAUUUUAAUUCAUUAUAUAACACUUUUACUGCUAUUGUAAACUUUUUUAAAAAACAUACGCAAACUAAAAUAUUCGUUGAUGAGUAUUAACAAUUUUGUGAAAAUGAAUUUUUCUAGUUUUCUAGUAUACUCACGGGGAGAUAGCUUUCAAAUCUUCAUAAUUGAAAAGCAGCCGAAAUGUGGUGGACGAGUUACUGACUGAAAAUUCCCAUUCAAGUCUAAAACUGUUAAUCAAAAAAACUGUAUUAAAAAACCAGCAUAUUCAGUUAAUAUGACCCUAGUGACUUCUUCUGUCUACAAAACUCAAAUUAUCGCCCGUUUGAAAUCUAGAUAAUAAAAAAUAUUUAUAGCAAGUGCUGUAAUCGACUCCUAAAAAUCCGUUUAUACAAACCGUUCAAAUAGAAGGAUUGAAAUAAUCUCAAUUCAGUAGCCAGCAGAUUACUGAUCUCAACUGAAAAAGCAUAAAGCUAACAUCGCCAAACUUCAACAAAGCAAUGGAGACGAAAUGACCUCGGAUGUGUUUUAAAAUUCCUAGAGGGCAUUAGGACAAGGACAAUGAAAUCGAUUAGGUAACCUACAAAAGGUUUUGGUCCUAUGAAAGGAGGUGUCCCGCCAAAUGUUCAGCUUGUUCAUUGUUGUGCACCCCCGGUGUAGCUAGGUAUCCAAACCAAAGUAACUUUGUCGUUUGCUCCCAGUGAGUUCAAAGACUAUGUGGAUUCUUAAACUAGUUUUGACGCAAUUUUACAAGAGUCACGUGCUUUAAAGGCUGCUCUGCUAUCUGAUAAAUAUAUUUGAGGUAGUUGCCUCGUGGGAACGCUAUCUCUGCAUUAGCCUAUCGCUGUCGACUUAUUGUGAUUAUAGUUUUUGAUAAAGCACAGUUUGGAGGAAAGGGAAUCCGUCAUGAUCAAUGGGCACCUUACAUUCUUUUAGAAUGCUUUGAUGCCCAGUUAGGUCACCGAGUCUCAUGUUCUGUUCCUUGUAUGCCUUUAUUGCCCACUCAACUGCUCCACUCCCUAUUAGGUCUUGAAAAUGGACAAGUCUAUAAUGACCUUAUGAGCGUAUGAUAGGUCACACAACGAAUUUGUACAUCCAGUUCAUCAUUUUGGGCUUAUGCCCUAUGUUCCUCCAAACAUUCAACAGCAGUUGUACAAAGCAAUACGUGCCUUAUGGCUUACUGCUUGCAGAUGUUGUUUCCAUGUCAGUCUCUGAUUAAAGGUCACUCCGAGAUAUUUAAUAUCUGAUUAAGGGCUAUUUCAACCCAGUUCAUUCUGAACAUAUUUAUUUCUCUAAGUGAAUAGAACUAGGGUAGUAUUUGAGGGGUUUAUACUCAGAUCAUCAUUGACACUUUUACAAAAAAAGGACAAUAAAGUGAUGAUACGAUAGGAUUAAGCUUCUGAACUGGGUCUUCUUUCUGCUUUAGGGAUGAAACUAAUUCCAACGUUUCUCCAGGACUGAGGAAUGUGACUCCUGCUGCUGCUAAGUAGACGGGAGACAAAAAACUAGACCUAUCACAGAGCAGGUGGAAGUCGGUUAUCACAGAUACAAUACAGACAAGAUCGCUGACCUGCUGAUCUUAUUAACACGCGGAAGAAAAUACUUUUAACCUUUGUUGAAUAAAAGUAACAUCUUCCGUUAAAAAAGGAUUGCUGCAGAUAAUUAAAACAUGAAUUAUUGCAUUUGCAUUAUGCCUAAUAGAAUAAAAAUUGGCGUGUUCUGCACACCUAUAUUUAUUAGUUACAGAAUUUGCUCCAGUUAAAAUUUAAAUUUUUAACACUCUAUCUAAUAAAAACCUGGAAGCUAAAAACUGUUUGUGUUUAAGGUACAUUGAAUUAGUGUGUUGUCCUCGGAUUUGAAAAUCAAUGGUAUAAAGCCUAUAUUUUCAUUUGUUGAGAUCAAACCACAGAAUCAGAACUAUGAAUCGUAUACGGUUAGAACAAAUAUAUUUAAGAUACAUUCGCCGGUAAAAAAUUUUGCUUUAGUGUACAUAAACUAUGAAUAUAUCAAGCUUUCAACACAAAAUUAAUUUUGCCUGAGGACUACUUUUGUUUAGAGUAGUAAUUUCGAAAUAAAAAGUGAAAAAAUUUUGUAUAUCAAUAAAUACAUAGGUAUAUUAUUUUUAGGAAAUAUUCCUACUUAACAUUAUUUUUCGUUCAACAGAAACUUUUUCAUCCAAUUUCAUUUAAAAUAGUUUGAACUGUGCUUUAAUAUAUCUAAAUUUAAACAAUGAUUUUGAUAAAUUGUAGAUGAGAUUGAAUUUCUGUCACAUUUAGUUUCGUUUUAAUACACGAGUGUGACUAAAUAUGGACCACAAAAAAAUUUGAAACCAUAUUCUUUGAAUGUAAUAUUACAUAGAACAAAAACAUUUGUUUCGUGAAGGUACAGGAAUUUUUCAAAUCUUGAUAUCAUAAAAAAACCUAUAUCAUACUAACCUGGUAUGAUUGUAAUUCCGUUUUUCUUGUAGCUUUAAGCUUGGUUGCGUUUUGCCCUUAAUACCAGAGAUUGGAGUACUGCGUAUGUACAUUAUAAAAUUUAUCUGUGAUUGUUUUUAUUCAAUUUAAUUUAUUUAUAUAUGCAUCAAUGAUUAAUUUCUACAAAUAUCAAAAUAAAAAAGCUCCAGUUAAAAGCGAACAAUCCCUCCUUUCACAUAACGACUAUUUCUAUUAAAAUUAAUUAGCAUAACCCGCAUGGAAUAAAAUUUUAGAACGAACAAGUUCGAUGUUGAUGACAAAAUAUCAUCAUGAUAUUAAUUCAGACUGGGAACUCGAGUAGUUUAGAAAAAUUUGUAUAUAUUAGAAUUAUUUGUAUAUAUAGAAUAAUCCUUUAUACUAUGCUUUUCGAGUGUUUGUUGUAACAAUAUUGUGAAUUUUGUAAAUAAAAAGUUGCCUUA